GAGAGGCCUCGCUCCACCACUGCGAGAGCCUCAGCCCUUGCAAGGAUGGCACAGCAGCGGAGACCCGCCAUCCAUGCAGGGGCCUCAGGCUGUCAGAGACCCUCCAUCCUGUCAGCAGCCUCUGCUAUCUCUGACAGCCUCCAUCCCUUGCAGAGGCACAGGGAGACCUGUCAGCCUGUGGAAGGGGCAGAGCCCGGGGACAGGUCUCCCAGCUCCCUUGGACUCACGGGCGCAGCCCUGACUGUUGACGUGGCCAGGGAAAGCCCACAAGUCCAAAUGGGAGCCCAGCCCGAGGCAGGGGAGCCUUGUGAGGAGCAGCUGGUGGAGCAGCAAGCGUCCUGGAGCCAGCAGUUGCCGGCCCACUGCUGCCAGGACGCUGUGCCAGGUGUGGCAGCUGGCAACAGCCCAAGCCUGGAGGUGGAGAUGACCCUCGAGACACCAAGGGGGUUCCUCCAUCUGCAGGAAGCUGCCCCAAGAGAGCCCUCGACCACCACAAAGGGCUCUCUAAUAGCAGCUGCUCCUGGGAUCCCCCUGGGCGAAGCCUCGGGCUGUAGCCCCGGCCGUCCCCAGCAGCAGAGGACAGCCCACGACGCCGGGGACAGCGACGGUGCCGCCCUGCUCCGCUGCUCAGCGGCUCCUGCAGCCACCUCUGGGCCCUGCCCUGCCCCAGCUGUGCCGCUGUCCAGCCCGACGGCUGCCAGGCGGCGGCCGCUGCCCGGCGCGCAGCAGGAAGCAGGGCAAAAGAAGCAGCUGCAGGAGCUGUACCAGCUGGGCCCGCAGCUGGGCAGCGGCGGCUUCGGCACCGUUUUCUCGGGCAUCCGCCUCUCCGACAGGAGCCCGGUGGCCAUCAAACGCGUGGCCCGGGAGAGCGUCCUGCAGUGGGACGAGCUGCCCGACGGCACCCGUGUUCCCAUGGAGAUCGUGCUGAUGGAGAAGGUGGGCUCUGGUUGCCACUACGUCAUCCAGCUCCUCGACUGGUUUGAGCUGCCUGACAGCUUCCUACUGGUCAUGGAGCGUCCGGAGGCAUCACAGGAUCUCCUGCAGUUGCUGCUGCAGCAGGAGUUCCUGUGCGAGGAGAUGGCGCGCUGGCUUUUCUGCCAGGUGCUGGAGGCCGUGCGGCACUGCACUGCCUGUGGCAUCCUGCACCGUGACAUCAAGCUCCAGAACCUCCUCGUGGACCGGGAGAGUGGCGACCUGAAGCUCAUUGACUUCGGUUGCGGCACCUUCCUCCAGGAGCGGCCCUACACACAAUUUGCCGGAACACACGUGUACAGCCCACCCGAGUGGAUCGCCUUUGGCUGCUACUACGGCCAUUCGGCAACCAUCUGGUCCCUGGGUGUGUUGCUGUACGUCAUGGUCUGCGGGAGCCUCCCCUUCUGGAACGACCGUGACAUCGUGUCGGGGCAGCUCUUCUUUGGGCACCAGGUCUCUCCAGCGUGUGAAGAUCUGAUCCGCUGGUGUUUGGCCAAGCACCCUGCGGACAGGCCGGAGCUGGAGGACAUCUUGUGCCACCCUUGGGUGCGGGGCGGGCAUUUUUGAUGCCUUGCCGGAUCCUCUGCAGCACCCAGUUACCACGUCCCACGCAGGACCCAAAUAAUAAAACAACCACAAACCCAUUGCAGGGUGUCAAGUCUGGUCCUUGUCAGCAGCUUCAGCUAAAGAAACCUCUUGGGAAAAGGGGUAGUCCAAGUGCUCCCUUCAGCCUUCUUCAAGCUUUCGACACCUUUCCUCAAGCAUGGUGCCUUUGU